ACGGUUUGACGUGCAAAAGAGAUAUGAACGGAACAGAACCUGCACCCUCUAACAAGGGCAUAAGUCAUGAGGUGGACAUCUUCUUCGGAGUUUUGGAGCUGUGUUGCAGCCUAGGUGGGCUCUCUCUCAAUGUUUGCACAGUCCGGUUCUUCUUCAAGAAGAAGGCUUCUCCCACUUACUUUCUUUACCUCUGCAUUGUUCUGAUAGAUAUGCUGACGUGUCUGUUUGUGUUCCCCUCCGCUGUCAGUAUGUUGUACAACAGAGAGCCGGUUAUCUUCUCCAGUCCUCUCCUCUGCAUCGUCUCUGGGUGGGUGUUGAACAUCACCAACAGAAUGUCAGUGUACUUGGUGGCAGUUCUCUCUGUGAUCAGAUGUUUCACUAUUGCUCCUAGUUUCACUUCACCCUCACUUCGACAUGCUGUUAUACCUGUCCUUAUCUAUCUCGUCAUUCAGAUCGGUCAAGCUUCUCUUCCUCUGGUUUCCAGCACUCAAAGUCCCCCUAUUUACUAUAAAACGGAAGUAGGAGGCUGCUCGUGGGGUAUUAACGACCUCAGUUUUGCGCCUUACGAGGAAGGGAAUGGAGUGUGGUACCGGUUCCUCCUCUACUUCUGUCUUAUCCUGCCCUCCUUCCUCCCCAUCUUCCCUGUGGUGGUCUCCUGCAUUAUAUUCGUCAAGAUCGUCCUGACCAGCAAGCAAAAGGUUAAGAGCUACAAAGUGGAGUCCUGCAAUAGCACAGUCAACAAUACCAUCUCCUUGAACACCAACCCGGGUGUGAAAAACAAACGCAACGACGAUCACCACUCCUCCAAAGAGAAGUCCUUUGCCACAGCAGAACUAUCCAGUAUGAACUCUAACAUGGAACAACCCCGGAAGAAGCGAGGAGGAGGAGCAGAUGUGGCUCACCAAGCUACCACUACGAUGUACAUCGUCACCGCUCUGUACAUCAUAUUUAACGUUCCGUUCUGGAGUUUCACUCUGGCGGUGAUGUUCUUCCAUGCUGACCACAUUACCUGGGUCACCACUAACGGGAUAUACAUUAACAUUUUCCUCUCACGGACAAGUGUGGUCAUGAACGCUGCUUGUAAUCCGAUUGUGUAUUUUGCCAGAAUUCGUGCACUCCGCAAGGAUUGGAACGCCAAAAAUCUUAGGAAGCUAAAGUGCGCUUUUUCGGUGAGAUUCCUGGGAUGGAACUAUUGGAGACGAUACUAUGAUUCUCCCUUACAGGGAAGGACUGUUUGAACAAUUGUUCGUUUGAAUUCAAAACUGUGAACUUUUCUGAUCAUUGGUUAUACUUAUACCUGGGGACCGCAUGUUAUAAUGUAUAAUGUUCAUAAACAUAGAAUAGAGAUUCGGCGGAAUGACAGGCUGAGCGCCGCCCAGUAAAUCAUUGGUUAUUUUAUAAAACGUGAUCAGCUAACUUAUUUAAUUUGACUUGAAAGCUUUCUGCCAAGAGUUUUUUGAAUGAUUAAACUAAUGUGGCUUGCCCCGUUAUUUUUAUCAAUGGUUGGGUUUCCGAAGCUAAGAAGGAUUUGAUGGGCAACAUGAAUCAUGAUCAUUAGACUGUAUAUUUCUAGCCAGUUGCAGAGCUCAGUGCUCACCCUGGGACCUGGGUAGCCAGUAUCUUAGCCAGCAGCCUGUCCAGUGUCCACCUUAGGCUUAACUAUCGAGAGCCAUUCACAACACUAAUAUAAUUUUAGUCAUAGGUCAUGUAUAAUGUAUAUGUAGAAGUGUCAACCACUUUCUCCAGAGUCCAGAAUUGUCCUUAUUAUAUAAACCACCACGAAUAUUAAAAGAUAUGUUGCCAAAGUGACGCCUUGCACCUCGGAGCUCACCGGCUAAGAUCUAAAAUAUCGGACGGGAUCACUUUGGCCUGGGUUUAACUUUAAGCGCAAAUUAUUUGGAGGCCAUCGAUCUUGCCUUGUUAUAGUUAUAAGUUUGCCAUCAAGAUCUUUAUUAGUAGACCAAAAUGAAUGCUGCCCAAUACUCUUU